AUGGACACCAUCCAUAUAAACUCAGAUUCUCCGGCGCAAAAUGAUCAUGCAUUGUAUACUGAUGGAUCUAAGACAAAGGCUGACACAGGAUGUGGAUUCUGCGAAUUGGAUAAAGGCAGCAUUAUCUUCUCCUGGAAGCGAAGACUGAACGAAAGUAAUUCAGUGUUUCAGGUAGAACUCAUAGCCUUACACGCAGCAAUCAUCCACAGUCGUAAGAAUGGCCUUAAUCAAGUUCAUAUUUAUACGGACUCCGCCUCAAGCCUCCAAGCACUUUCAAGCAUGCACAGCAAAAGCCCUCUGGUUAACAAAAUACAGAGAACUCUCCUUAGUAUCCCUUUCGUCCCUUUUCGUCCUGUACUCUGUUGGGUGCCAGCGCACGUAGGAAUACUAGGAAAUGAAAGUGCAGACGUUGUGGCUAAAGAAGCUGCCAAUAGUGCAUCCUUACUUGAGUGA